CACACGAACCACAACCACAACCACAUCUUUGGAACAAAAACAACAAUGGGAGCUUCUCAAUCCUCUCCCCAAUCCCACCCAUCUCUCCUUCAACGAGAGAAUCAAGAAGAACCCACAACCACCAAAAACACCACCAACAAGCUUGCUCUACUCCCACUAGUCUUCCUCAUCUACUUCGAGGUGGCCGGUGGCCCCUACGGCGCAGAGGCCGCCGUGGGAGCCGCCGGCCCCCUCCUCGCCCUCCUCGGCUUCCUCAUCUUCCCCUUCAUGUGGAGCAUCCCGGAAGGCCUUGUCACGGCGGAGCUGGCCACCACCUUCCCCGGCAACGGCGGCUUCGUCAUCUGGGCCCACAAGGCCUUUGGUCCCUUCUGGGGCUCCCUCAUGGGCUCUUGGAAACUCCUCAGUGGUGUCAUCAAUUUGGCCUCAUACCCAGUUCUCUGCGUUGAUUAUCUCAAAUUGGUAUUCCCAAUUUUCUCUUCAGGUGUACCUCGUUAUCUCGCAAUUCUGUUUUCCACAUUGUUUCUCUCAUUUCUGAAUUAUACAGGUUUGACUAUAGUUGGCUAUACUGCGGUGGGUUUAGGCAUUGUUUCACUUUGUCCUUUUAUUGUUAUGACAUUGAUUUCAAUCACCAAAAUUGAUCCCAGUAGGUGGAUCAGUUUGGGUCAGAAUGGUGUAAAAAAAGAUUGGACAUUGUUUUCCAAUACCCUUUUUUGGAAUCUCAAUUCCUGGGACAAUGCUAGUACUUUAGCUGGUGAAGUUGAUCAACCCCAAAAGACAUUCCCUAAGGCACUAUUCUCUGCUGGGAUUUUGACAUGUUUGGCUUACUUGAUCCCUCUUUUGGCUGCCACUGGGGCUAUUCCUCUAAAUCAAGAGAAUUGGGUUGAUGGGUAUUUUGCAGAUGUGGCAGAAAUUAUCGCGGGAAAAUGGUUGAAAUAUUGGGUUGAGAUUGGUGCACUUCUAGCCGGGAUUGGACUUUUUGAAGCUCAAUUGAGCAGUUGUGCUUAUCAGAUUCUUGGUAUGGCGGAUUUAGGCGUUGUGCCUCGGUCUUUUGGGGCAAGGUCCACAUGGUUCAACACACCUUGGGUUGGGAUUUUGAUGCCAACAUUGGUUGUAUUGGCAGUUUCAUACAUGAACUUCGCGGACAUUAUAUCUUCGGUGAAUUUCUUGUAUAGUUUGGGAAUGUUGCUGGAAUUUGCGUCGUUCCUUUGGUUGAGGAGGAAGAUGGCAAGGGCAAAGAGGCCUUACAAAGUUCCCCUGCCGAUGCCGGGCUUGGUGAUCAUGUGCUUGGUUCCAUCUGCGUUUUUGGUGUAUGUUAUGAGUGUUGCUACUAAGAAUGUGUACUUGGUGAGUGCUUUGUUGACUGUGGUUGGGAUUGGUUGGUACUUCUUGAUGAGGUUUUGCAAAUCAAAGAUGUGGCUUGGGUUUCACAAUGGUAGUGAGAAAAACGAGGAUGAGGAUAUAAAUUAGUUUUAUUUAUUUAUUUAUUUAUUUAUAUAUAUAUAUAUAUCUUCUUUUGAGUCCUUAUGAAGUCGUUAUGUAAAAUAUGAUCCUCUGUCCCGAUCCUUAGGACCUUUGUGUUUGUGAUUUUGAAACGGUUAUAUAUAGCAUUUACAUAACCAUGUUAUUGA